AUGGCCGGGGAUCUCCAUCCAUACUGGGUCCUGCCGGAGAACGUUGAGCCAAACCUUUCCCAGCGUCCGGAUCAGGGCAAAGCUUCGGCAGGCCGGCGAGGAGGCCCAUCAAAUAAGGAAAGAGAGGCAGCCUCCGUCGUUUGUUACCAGCACUUCUAUGAGCCGUGCGGCGACAGACAGGUACAAGAGAGGCUCACCAAAGGCGGGAGAGAGAAGACAUGCCUAGAGUGCGGGAAGGCCUUUCGGCGGAGGGCCGAAUUGGUCGCCCACCAGAGGAUUCACCCCAGAGGGAAACCGUACGAGUGCCUGGACUGCGGGCGAAACUUUAGCUACAAAUCCCGCCUCAUCACCCACAAAACGAUGCACACGGGAGAGAAGCCGUACAAGUGCCCCGACUGCGGGAAGAGCUUCAGCCGGCAGCCGCACCUCAUGUCACACGAGAGAGUCCACACAGGGGAGAAGCCCUACACGUGCGCCGAGUGCGGGAGGAGCUUCAGCGACAGGUCUAACCUGAACACGCACAAGAGGACCCACACCGGCGAAAAGCCGUACCGGUGCUCACACUGCGGGAAAAGCUUCAGCCAGAGCUCCACGUGCAUGAAGCACGAGAGGAUCCACACGGGGGAGAAGCCCUACAAGUGCGGGGAGUGCGGGAAGAGCUUCUGCCAGCGGUCGCAGCUCACCAACCACGAGAGGACCCACACGGGAGAGAAGCCCUACGGAUGCUCCGUCUGCGGGAGGGAGUUCAGCAGGAGGAUGGUCCUCGUCACUCACCAGAGGAGGCACACGGGAGAGAGGCAGAAAGCGCAUCUGCACUGCGAGAAGAGUUUUGCUCAUGCUGCCGACUGUACAAGGCACGAAAGAAGCCAUGCGACGCAGGGACCGCAAACCGUUGGGUUGGUCCCAGGGCUGUCUGUGGGCACACCGUGUUUAAAUAAAUAA